AUGGCGGACAAGCAAAUCAAGGUAGCAUUGUGGUGCGUGCCACGGUCGAUGUCCACGGUGUUUGCGAAAUGCAUGAGUGCCAUUGACGAGAUGGAAGUCUAUUUGGAGCUUUACUCGUAUUCUGCAUCAGUGAGCGGCGUUUUCCACUCGGCGACGGGGCGUGUAUUGCCGAAGAAGCUUGCCGGGAACGAGACGGUAUACGAAGAAGCGCUGGCAGUGUGGAAGCAAGAAACUGACAGCAUUUUAAAUCCGAAAAGAAUAUCAUGCUAUGAUAUCAAACGAGAUCUUGAGAGCACGAAGAGUAAGUUAGUUUUUAUCAAGGAGAUGGCCUACAUCACAGAUUAUGUCCAGGAGUAUCUGCCGCAAGGCUUCAAGUAUGUCUUCCUCACUAGAGAGCCUACCAGGGUCUUUACAUCUUUCCGGAAAAGUAUACAAGCCUCGGGAAUGUUCCAUCGAACAGAAGGUCCCAUUCUGGACAUCAUACGCGAAGAUCCGGCGAAUAUUCGACCAAUGUCUUGGUACGAGAAACAGCACCAGCUCUGGAAAUAUGUCCAAGAGCACCUCGACCCUAACCCGAUCAUCAUCGACGCCACUGAUCUCGCCUCCCAACCGAGGAAGAUCUUGAAGAGUUUCUGUGAGGCUGUUGGGUUUCUCUACAGCGAUAGCCUCCUGCAGUGGUCCCCGAGUCAAAACUUCCCAAAGAACUUUGUGACGGCAGGAGAAAACUUAGAACAAUUCGCUGCGUUUUAUUCUACAGCUUUAAGCAGCACACACUUCAUGGCGCCUGCUAAAAAAGGGCCUAUACCACGUGAUCAGCUUACGGAUGACGUCAUCCGAUGCGUUGACUACUCCAUGCCAUUCUACCGUGAGAUGUAUGAAAACAGACUGCAAGCUUCUUAAAAAAUGUCCGCAGGUCUUUCAAACAAGAAUAAGUCUCGCUUUGUGCAUUUUAGAAUAAUCCAUGCCCAAGUGAUGUAGGCGCUUCAUAAACGCCUUUCCUUUGCCCUUUU